GCUGCCCACACAAAUAUUGCAAUUGCAGUGCAGCAGUGAAGACAAAAGGUUCAUAAAAUAUUUAUUUACCAACAAAUAAGCUUUCAAGUAUUAAUUAUACAUAAAAAAAUUUGCAAGUUUGCACAGCGUAGGAAGUAAAACAUAAGUAAAGUAUUAGAAAUGGACAAAGUAAACAACGAAAUGAAUUUAAUCCGCAAACAAGUUGUAAAUCCAGGCAACAAAUAUAUUGAGCUCAAGCCAGGCACUAGGGUAAAGUUUCAUUUUCAAACACGACGGGCCAAUGACGUACGUGUGAUUGACGAUAGUCGAGUAAUGGACAAGCCCAUGGAGCUCGUCCUGGGCAAAAAAUUUAAGCUCGAGGUGUGGGAGGCAAUUGUGCAGAAAAUGUCUCUCAACGAGGUGGCCAAAUUUACUGUGCACAAAUCUCUUUGCUCUCAGUAUCCUUUUAUAUCCAAGACUCUGCGCGAUAUAGGAAAAAAAUCGGAGGAGCGUCGCCACUGCUGUGGAAUGACUUUACAAAAUGAAGGCAUUGGAUAUGCUGACUUGGACGAACUUUUGCAAAAGCCUGGGGACCUCGAGUUUACACUUGAGCUUUUCUCCAUUGAGCUACCCGAGGAAUAUGAGAAAGAGCGCUGGCAAAUGUCCGAUGAUGAAAAAAUGAUUGCUACUCAUACGCUUCGCGAACGCGGUAAUCGUCACUACAAGGACCAGGAGUAUACCGAAGCAGAGACCUGCUAUCGCGAAGCUGUAGGCAUGGUAGAGCAGCUAAUGCUGAAGGAGAAGCCGCAUGAUGCAGAAUGGAUCGAGCUGGCAAGCAUUAAGGUACCGUUGUUGCUCAACUUUGCCCAGUGUCGUCUUAUUGCUGGCGACUUCUAUGCUGUCAUCGAGCACUGCAACGAGGUGUUGAAUUUAGAGCCACGCAAUGUUAAGGCAUUGUUCCGUCGCGCUAAGGCCCACGCUGGCGCCUGGAAUCCUGCCCAGGCACGUCGUGAUUUUCUUGAUGCUUUAGCCUUGGACACCACUCUCAAGGCGACUGUCACUCGCGAAUUGAAAUCUAUUGAGGAGCAGCAGCAUGAACGCAACGUGCAGGACCGCAUUCAUAUGCAGAAGCUCUUCUAGAAUAUAAGUUGUGCCAAUGUUCUGCUCGUGCUAUUGGUCUAUUGGAGUAGUUAUGGGGAUCGUUAACAGUUAGCCAACUCGUUUCUUAUUUGGUUAAAGGGCAGCAUUUUCUUUAUAGUUACCGAUCUCUGCUCCAAAGGCUUCAUCGUCAUUUGCCUCUUCCUCAAUCAGAUGCUCUGCUGCUGGGCUCUCUAUCGCACAGCGUGCGAUGCUUAUCGACGAUAUAAACGAAAGGCUCGCCGUCGCAAUCGCCGACAGCGAGCAGCACGCAGACAAUGGCGUCCAAGAAUCUAAAUAUAAUGGAAAUUAUAUUAUAAAUGUAUGUAAUAUUAUAUAGAUGUUUGUUGAACGCUUGAUAUACGCAAAUGAAUUCCAACAAAAAGCUGCCCUUUUGGAGCGAAUUCAAAUGCAAUAGUUUUAACUAUUAUUAAAUUAAAUUAAAGAAAUUUAAUUUUAAGAUGGACACAGCACAGUUAACACUCGCUAAACAAAACCAAGCGCUUACUGUAGUUAUGUCUACAGUACUAUCAAGUGCUUGCUGCAAGUCUAUCAGCUGAAUCUUCUGGUUAAUUAUGCCAAAAAGAAUAUAGUAUAAAUGUGUAGAACUUAGGGCAAAGCCCCAUAAAUAUAUU